AUGAUUUGGGUGCCGAAUCAGCUGGUCGGUGCCCCGGCUGGGACUGACGUGACAAUAGACUGCCACACCGAGGCGUACCCGAGGGCCAUCAGCUACUGGGUGUACGACAAUGUCAUGCUACUUCCGACCAAGAAGUAUGGAACCGAGACGAUGGAGAACAGCUACAGAGCCCACAUGAAACUGACGGUGCGGAACCUUCAAGCCGGAGACUUCGGCAACUAUCGAUGCAUCUCCAAGAAUUCUCUGGGGGAGACGGAAGGAUCCAUUCGGCUCUACGAUAUACCCAUGCCUUCUACACCUCCUAGGGCGACGGAAAUGAAAAGUAACUCGAAUAAAGAAAACAACGGGAAGCGCAACAUCAGCAGAAGUUUAAAUCAAGACGAGAGACCAAAAGUGACAAUGGUAUCCUCUUCAGAGAAGGAGGCAGUUCCAUCAGGCCCAGGCUACGAUAGUGGCAUGGGAUUAUACACUCCUGCGGCACCUCAAAAUUCAGGAUGUGUCAGCAUGGCAAGGUGGGUUAUGCCACAGUUCGCAGCUGUGAUUCUUCACUGUUUUUUGUCGGGUACGUUUUCUCUCUCUCAAAAUUAA